AUGGCUGCUCCUCCACCCACCACGACAUUCGAAACAAAGGAUGGUGCAAAGAUUGCCUAUCAUGUCUAUGGCAAGGAUCUGUUGGGAAGGGUGACGCCUAUAGCAUUGGUGAGCGUGCAGCGCAGGCUCAUGGCUACAUGAACGGCUCAGAAGAACGAAAUUCCUUGACUGAAUGCGCGAUUUCGUUUGGCGUGCCGCCUGUCGCAGAUCAUGGGCAUGUCGGGAGUGAUGGAGGAUUGGUCGCCGCUAUCCGAGACGCUAGCAAUCACUCGACCCGUGCUGGUGUGGGAUCAUCGAGGCAUCGGUCAUUCCAGCGUGCCAGCCGAGUGGGACUACGAUCUCUCUCUUCAACUCAUGGCUUCCGACUUGCUGGAAUUGCUGAACGGGCUGGGAAAAGAGUGGCAAAACACCCACUUGCUGGGCUGGAGUAUGGGCGGACACAUCUUGCAGACCCUCUUGACCUUGCCUGAUGCGAAAGAGGAUGGCAAAGGCGGACUGAAUAUCAGAGGGAUCAGAGUUCCUUCGGCUAUUCUGGCAGCUACCAUGACGAAGAUGCCUCGAGGAGAUUUUAAGCCUGAUGAACUGGAAGCUGCGUGGGUAUCGACGUGUUAUGGUUGUCCUCCAGGCUGGCAAUCCAAUUGCGCUCAAUACUCCCUCUCCUCUCUUGCCUUUCAUCAGCGCUGCCAAUGCCAAAUCAAAAGAGGAGCGCAACAAGCUCAUGUCGGAAGCCAUCAUGGCCUUGCAAUACUUUCCCGAAUGGAUCACCUCUUCUCAAGACCACGCUUCCCUGCUAGCCCAUCGCGUCAAAGUUUCUCUCGAUACGCGUCGUCCUCAAGAGAUCAUCGGCCUUCAAAUCGGAGCUAUAGGAGCGGUGGAUACUAGACCCGACCUUUAUCGCAUUCCCCAAACUCUACCUACGCUCGUCAUUCAUGGAAAGAGGGAUCGCAUGGUGGCUUAUUCGGAGAGCGAACAUAUCCUAAAGGGCAUCAAGCACGCCACCAGACUCGACACUCCCAAUGAUCAGAUUGGUCACUUUUGGUGAGUCGCAAGUAGAGUAUCCUGCGUACGCCAAUGCUGCUUGUUGCUUAUCCAGCUUCCACCCCUCAUCGUCAUGUGACCUGAUCCGACUACGCAGGUUCGACUUCCUCACCACCAACUUUUGGGUCGACUCUAUCAACGCUCACCUCGACUCUGCCAAGCAUGUCCAAGCAGCCGCAAAUUCCAAAACGUCCGCGCAGCAAUCCAAAUUGUAG